AUGGACAGAAUACAUGAGUUCUACCAGUCCUACUCCUGGCACCAGUCCCAUGACCAGGCAACAGUGCUGUUACUUGUACCAUAUGAGACGGUCGAGGAGGAGGUUACGGUCGCCAUCGAAAGAAACCACUUGGUAGCUGGCGUGCGUGGCCAGGCCCCCAUUGUAAAGGGUCGCCUUUACGGUACCGUGGACACUGCCAACUCCGACUGGCAGCUCGAGCCGCGUGCCUCGCCGCGUUCCACGCGUGAACGCGCAACCUCUACGACCUCCGCGGGCUCGAAUCAGUCUUCGUACGCCUAUGUCUCAGACCCAGAUUUCUCCAGCAGUUUUGCCGCCUCACUCGAAAAUGGGCUUGCCUCUGAACUUGACGACCCUGUCUCAUCCUCGCCCGCUCUGUCUUCGCCCAUCUCUUCCAUGGACGAAAACUCUUUCGCAAUGCUUAACCACCGCCGCUCACAUGGCGCAUCUCGUCCGAUCUCACCUCCCUCUGCGCCCCCGUUCAGCCUCACGUCGUCCUACUCCUCGAUGGAGUCGCUGCAUACCGCCUCCGGCCGCUUGCUCACCAUACAUAUUGAGAAGGCAGAGUCCAUGAUCUGGCCAUCGCUAGUUGUCGGGCCCGUUCCAGAGACACUGUCGCCCUCAAUGCUGGGUGCAUAUCCGUGGGCGUCGGCUUCGACACUCACGGCCGAGUCCAAGUACAACAUGGACCCAACUAGUCUCGUUCUGCUUGCGCUUGAUCUAUAUGACAUCCGAAAGGCAUAUGAAGAAGCAUUCGAAUACUUUGUACGAGCAUGGCACCAGGCGCAUGUCCCAUCAGCCACCAUCCGCCUCGCUACACACUACCUCCCCCUCCAAUCCGUCUUUCCUGAUCUGGUCCCGAGCCCAAGCAGCCAUGCACCUCCCUUGGAGUCUGUCGAGCUGACCGAGGUCCCCGCAAUCUCCCCCUCCACCGUGGAGCCCUCCACGCCCAAGCAGGUGCCUCCCAGCAUGCCCCCUACGCCUGGCACGCCCGCUUACUACCUCGAUCGGCUCGGCGGCGGACCUGGGCUGGCACAGCUCUUUCUCGCCGCAGGCCUCCUCCAUCUUGAGGGCGCCGCCGCGCCGCUCCUCUCCUCUGCAUAUGCGGGGCUCUCCUCCCUCCGUGCCCCUGCGCACACUAGCAGCAGCAUCUCCGGGGCCGCGAUUUCCGCCAGCCACCACACACACGGCAGCAGCACCGAUGCAUGGCGUCGCGACCGAGCGGCCGCCCGCUGCUACUUCGAGCGCGCACGCGCCCUUGCACCUGCGCUUGACGUUCCCCUUCUCCCGCCCGACGCGGACUCAGAUUCGUCCGGCAAGGAGAGCGGCAGCGGUGACAGAGACAGGGAGCGCGGACGGCGCGGCACGAUUUUGGGCCCGGGCGCGCGUCAGCAGCUCGAGAUGCCGUCGAUCGAGGUGCACCGUGCACCGCCUACGCCCGCGGAGCAGCAGACGCGUCGGCGGCGGAAGAAAGGCUCGGGGGAUCUGUCGAGCGCGAUUAUGGAGGGCGUGCGCGACGCGGACGCGGACGAUGAUGACCGGACGUGGUAUCUGUACAUCCCAGGGCUAGUCGGUGCAGGCACGGCGCUGCUCGUCGUCGGGUUCUUGUCGUUUUCUUCAUGGAGGAAGAGCCAGGGCUCUUGA